CUCAGCUGAUCGAGGCUGUCAGAGCCCAGGGCUGGCAGCUGCUUCUGCUGGGAGAAGGCAGGGGGGAGAAGAUCUUGUGCAGAGAGAGGCUGGGACUUGGCUGAGGUGGCUCCUGGGCUUUGAGGUGCACCUGUGACCCCGAGCCAUGUCCUGCAACCCUUGCUGCCAGCCCUGCGGCCCCUGCCCGCUGGCCAACAGCUGCAAUGAGUGCUGUGUCAGGCAGUGCCAGAGCUCCACCGUGGCCAUCCAGCCCUCCGCAGUCGUGGUGACCCUGCCCGGGCCCAUCCUCAGCUCCUUCCCACAGAACACCGUGGUGGGAUCCUCCACCUCCGCUGCUGUUGGCAGCAUCCUCAGCUGUGACGGAGUGCCCAUCAACUCUGGCGGCUUUGACAUCUCCUGCAUCACCAACUGCUAUGGUGGCAGCAGAUGUCGUCCCUGCUAAAUCUGCUGGCAACGUCCUUGGGCAAGAACCUCCAUGAUGUCUGAACCUGGUUCUGGGUAGAGAUAGAGCUUUGGGACAUUGUAUUUAGAGCUGCAGGCUACUUUUUCCUUUUUUUACUCUCUUCCCUCUCUCUCUUUAUUUGCUGUCUGUGCCUUCCCAGACCAGUCUAGUGGGGACAUGUUGCCCUCCGUCCCUCUUUCAGGCAGGCAGGUGGACACUCUGCAGUAGCUCCAUUGCAUCUUAGUGGCUCCUCCACGUGCCCUCUGUGAGCCAUCUCCUUUUCUUCUUUUGACUCAAUAAAGUUAUUUUGCAUCCAA